UCUGGUUCAAGAUGCAAGCUUCUUAGGUGAACCGCGUAGACACCGCUGAUCCGCGGCUUGAUCCCUGCUCUUUCCAGGCCCGGACAUGGCCUCAUUCCAAGCUUGUCCGCUCAAGCUCGGGACGAUUGCUCCAGCUUGCCUGCCCAGACGGGUUCUAUCCACACCUUUUGUUCAGAGUGUCAUGGCGCGCGGUGCAGCCCGGCAGACCUGGGUGUAUCCAGGUCGUGGAGACAAGAGUGGAGGCGGACGUGGGGGCCGCCAGCGGUAUCUUCAUCGCGGUCCCAAUGACAACGCUUGCAGCACAUUUAGUCGUUGGGAAUAUCCACAUCGGGGCCACACCUGCUGCUCAAUGUGUUGCGGACAAUGCUAUGGACAUGAUGCCCCGAUCGACAAGACCGACCUUGAAUAUGAUCAAGCGGAGCCAACCUUAUCUGAUGGUGAAGUUCGUAAAGCAGCUGCCCUGCGACUUGGAAUUCGCCCUGACCUUCGAGAAGCACUUGCGCCACUGGCAGCUGCCCCACUUUACCUCCCAGCCGAAUGAAGCCAACUACAACUCGACGCUGGUGCCCGUGAAGAACGCACCCGCCUUGCUGAAGAAGUUGAAGCUGCUGCCCGAGAUGAGAGAAUCUCACACCAGGAUAUUAGUUUCAAGGAAGAGAAGUGUAACAAGUGACGUGUCCAGCUUCAGGAAUCAUAUUCUGCACUGGCAGAAGCUACCGCUGCGCUGGAUGUUGCUAGACCCAAGCUAGUUCAAACCGGUGCAGCUCUCCAGGCUGUUAUCCCGACCGUGUGGAAGAACAAGAAGAUCCAGCAGAUUGCCCAGGCCCGCGAGGCCAAUGCCCAUGCGCUUGGUUCUGCGCAGGCCCCUGCCCCCGCGGCGGCAGGUGGCGGCGCUAGAGCGGCUCCCGCAGCUCCCACGGCCCAGGCAGCCCUGGCAGGCGGUGGAGCAAGCUUGGCAUCAGGCGACGGGCCAGAAGGCCAAGUGGGGCCAGGUGUCGCUGGACCUCGUACCGCAGUACAGCCGCCGCCCAACAUGGGCCACUUCGCAGAUGAUGAAGUGCGUGCGUGGUGUCAAGCGAGUUUACAGUCUUAUGAUUGUUUGACUGCCUGCCGUGAUAUGCAGUGGGCUGUGGUGCAAACCCAGUCCGACGAUAUGUCUGAUAUUGGAUCCGUCGCUGGAAAGCUGGAAGACAUUGCCAAGGAGUUGGGUGAUCUUCAGAAGCGCUGUUUAGAACAAGCAUCGUCCUCAAACCAAUGUGAUUGUAUGGAGAAGCUCAUGUCCCAUCGUGCUUGUACCAAGAGUGGGAAACUCAUCAAGAUUGCGGGCACAAAGGUCGAGGACACCUUCGCGAGGCUCCUGGCGCAUGCAGGGCGGCAAGUCCCGCGGCAUGGUUAACAUUUAUUGCGCUAAGCCUGAGCGCUUGCCUUUCUGCUUCUGUUGCAGCUGGCGAGGAUGGCGGCGAGAUGGCGGCAGCAGCAGCAGUGGUUGCCGCGGUGGAGCAGCCUAGCCUCACGUGGAGGGAUCCC